AUACGGGGGCGGUUCAAUAAGUACCCGUGGUUGACGACAGAGGGCGCUCCUGAGGGAAGUUAAUGUUAUCAUCAUGUGCUGCCAUCUAUCAAACGACGGCACAACAAAUUUUAGACUAGUUGAUAGGUUAGUUUGGAUUUGGCAGCCAUUCGAGUAUCACGUAUUUCGUGAUUUUCGCUAAGAUAGAAAAAGAGCAGCAUCGUUCGGUAAUUCGCUUUUUGUUUUUGGAUGGGAAAAA